AUGGAAAAUAACGAGUGGGCGAGAUACGGUUCAUUUAGAAAGAAACAACCACAAGAAUUAAAGAAUGGAGACAAAAUGCUUCGAGAAAAAAAGAGGUCCAUUUUCAAGAUCAAUCACUAUAAAUACCAGUCUUUCGGUCUCUACUUGAAAAGCAUCUUGAAGACGUCUCUCAUCACCAGCAUUCCUGAGAUAGCGGCAAAUAAGAGCUGGACGAAGAGGAUCAUCAAGAUCAUAGUCUUCAUCAUGUGCCUCAUCGGAUUUUUCUACCAGACGAUGAAUUUCCUGGGGAUGUACUGGGCCUACCCAACGGUUGUCAAUGUGUAUGUUACUAAUCCUUAUGAGAUAGUCCAGCCAGCUGUGACUAUAUGCAAUUAUAACAGGAAACGAAGAACUUUUAUAUGCACUCUACCCGACAACGAAUGCGUGUUUUUGAAUUCUGAUGAGUUCUGCAAAAUUUAUCCACAGUAUUGCCCUCAUAUGGAUCCUAAAAAAGCCUUUACUGGGAUGGCGUAUCUGAAUGAUCUGAUGGACUGGGAAUACAAAUGGGAAUAUACAUACGAGGAGUGCCACAACGAAACGAUGAUCGCUCAUUGUGAAAUAAAACUGGGAAGGCAGAAUACCACAUGCAAAAAAUCCUAUAACAGAAUUCCUGUUGUGGACAGCAAAGGCGAUCCUAAUUGCUGUUAUACCAUCGAAUCGUUGGUAGGACAAGCAGACGCUGAAGAUUCUUUGUAUCCUAAUACUUUCAUCAUUGAGUUGGACAUAAACACCCAGGCAGAAGAAUACGUAAUGUCCUCCAUUCCGGUGAUGAUUCAGGUGAAAAUUCACGACCGAAGGUCCGUGAUGAAUCCCUUUUCUGACGGAUACUCUUUGGAAGGAGGAAUGCAGUAUAAUGCGUAUGUAUCUAUGCAAACUCAAGAACUGCUACCUUCUCCGUACGACACGCACUGCUUGGAUUAUUUGGAAAUAUGGAAGAACAAUAAUGGCACUGGACCCCUGAACCAUUUGAUGUGUGUGGAAUAUUGCCAACUGAAUAGACUUCUGGAAUUAGGCCAAUGCAUCGAUAAAAAUGUAGAUUAUCCCCAUGAGCAUCAACUAUGUCCCAAAAAUGAACGAACCCUUACAAGUGAUAUUGUGAAAAAUUGUACUUUAAAAUGUAGAGAUGCCUGCUAUGGUUGUCCUGAUAAGGAAGACAGUUUCACAGAUAGUUUGGAUGAUGUUGGAUCAAUUACCCCCGUCCUUCGCAACAAACUUUACAGUCAUUCGGCAAUUUUGGCUACAAAAUAG